AUGGCCUUGGGCGGAGCCGCCCUGACGGCAAUGGGGAUGUAUGCCGACGCCAAAUAUGCGAUAACUAGCGACCUUCAGCAGAUGAAAAGUGCGAGACAAGGCAAGCAGUUUGCCGCGGAUCUACUGCGUCAACACGGAGAGGAUGACUGGUCCUUCUACCAUAUUGUGCAUUCAUCUCAUGCGGUUCGCAAGACGGUGGGCAGCCGCGAGGCGUUGCAGUUUGAGGGACGCAGCUGGACGUAUGAUCAAUUCCGCCGGGAGAUCGGGCGUAUGGCUGACCAGUUAACACGGGCUGGAGUCAAGAAUCGUACGGUGGUGUGUCUCUUUAUCAAUAAUUCACCAGAGUUUCUGUUUGCUUGGUGGGCGCUAUUCAAGUUGGGUGCAAUCCCAGCUCCCAUCAACACGAAAUUCAAGGCAGAUCACAUCCGUCAUUGUGCUCGUCUGUGCGAUGCCUCGUUUGUCAUUUGCUCUGCCGAGCUAUGGUCAGUCAUCCAAGAUACUUACUAUGUGCCUGGAAACAACGAGGGUGACCAUCGCCCUGGUGUCAUUUUAUAUGACUAUGGUACUUACCCGUCGCCGCCGACAAGUUUGCCCGAGGGAGCGGCAUACUGGUCUCAUGAGACCUUUCAGCCUGCCACUGCUGAGACCGACGACUUCCCUGUGUCAACGCGACCCAAGAUCGGCAUCACAAUGCCUGUCCAGUAUCUGUUUACCUCCGGCACAACCGGUUUGCCGAAAGCCGUCUGUUAUCCAGCAGGGUUUUGCUUGAUGCUGAGCAACUACCGACGGUGGCCCGACAUGUUUGAAACACCGCGGAGAUUCUAUAUCUGCCUACCUAUGUUUCAUGGAACAGCUCAAGUUGCGGCCCUUCCGGCGACCCUGAUGACUUUUGGGACGAUCAUCCUGGCGCGUCGGUUCUCUCGUCAGCAAUUUUGGAAGGACUGCCGCCAAUUCAAUGCCAAUGCAAUCUUGUAUAUUGGCGAAAUGCUCCGCUAUCUAGUUCAAUCGCCACCCGAUCCGAGCGGUGUUGAUGAAAAGGACCAUAAUGUGACCUUGGCAUUUGGCCUGGGCCUCGCCCCAACGGUAUGGAAAGAAUUCCGAGCUCGGUUCGGCGUCGAGUGGAUUGUGGAGUACUACAGUGCUACUGAGUCUACCGUCUCGCUCGUCAACUCAACGCGGAACGAUGCGGGUAAUGGCAAGGUUGCCCGCUGGGGUCCCUUGAUGCGGCGUUUCGGACAGGAUAUGUUCUACCUUAUUCGCACAGACUUCACAACAGGCAAUGUUGUCCGCGAUCCCAGUACGGGAUUUUGUAUACCGGUAGCACCCGGCGAAGCUGGAGAGGCAAUAUGUCGGAUUCGACCGCCAAUUCAGCGCAAGCAUGAUUAUGUUGGAGAGGGUGGGACCGAAGCUACGGAAAAGAAGACAUUGCGAGAUGUGUUUGAGAAAGGAGAUGAGUUCUUCCGGCUUGGGGAUGCGCUGGUGAUGGAUUCGGAUGGUUACAUAACAUUUUCUGACCGACUUGGCGACACGUACCGCGUGAAGGGCCACAAUAUUUCAACCACGGAAGUGGAACACUGCCUCAGUCGCCACCCCGACAUUGCCGGAGUCAAUGUUUAUGCAAUCCCUAUGAAUCAGUACGGCUACGAGGGUCAAUUGGGAUGUGCAGCGGUAGAGCUUCACGCUGGGUCCCAUCCUCGAGCCGAGAGCAUGAUCGCCGACCUGGAGAAAUGGAUGGCUGAAUCUGACCAUGGCAUUCCGGCAUAUGCCAUCCCUCGCUUCUUGAGAAUCCUUGGCAAUUCCACCCCCGAAGUGGUCGCCAAUCAGAGUUUGGAUAAAGAGCAGGUUUCGGCAAUCAUGAAGAAGGUGAAGGUUGGCCUGCGUAAAGAAGGGUUCACGCCUUCACAGGAGAGUGGUGAUCGGAUGUAUUGGAUCGCGAAAGAGGGAAAGGGAUACGUCAGAGUUGACCCGGAAACUGUCCGCUUGCUUCAGUCCGGGGAUUUCCGGUUGUAG